CCGAAUACUGUCCUGCAUAUUGUAGGUUUCGCUGUGUUCUGCUGCAGACAAGAACAGUAUACUUAGCAGUUUUGUUUAACGCCGCGCGAAGACACAGGACCAAGUCUGUCCACUCCCUCCAUUCCAGUUGGAUUAUGAGCGUUGCUUGAUUAGACGGAUUGUACCUGCGUUUAAUGUCGUUCGUUAGAAGAUGAGUCGUUGUGAAGUGGCGAUCGGAGAGACCAACGGAGCUCAAUGCAUUCCAGGUUGCAUGGUGAGCCCAGGUGACGCCUCCCUAUGAGGUGAGCUCUCCCUCGCUCCCCCCACCCCCUCCCGGCAUCGGCAGCAGGACUAAGGGAUGUCACAGGUGUUCCUUCUUUUGACCCUGCUCACGCUGUCCAUCAUCACCCAGGUCUCCUCAACCAAAACCCUGAAGGUUUUGAUGGAACAAUGGAUGAGCUACAAGAACGAGUGUACUCACAACAUCAGUAGUGAGCCACCUGCCACAGUUGUGGUGUGUAACCGGACCUUCGACCAUUACGCAUGCUGGCCCGAUGGGCUCCCCGGCACCACAGUCAACGUGUCCUGCCCCUGGUACCUGCCAUGGUACUUAAAAGUCCGGCAGGGCCUGGUGUACCGGUUCUGCACUGCAGACGGGCAGUGGGCCCCUAUGAACACCACCGAGUGCGAGCAGGACGAUCCCGCCCAACAACAAUACGGCAGGAUCCUCAGCAAGUUCAGGGCCAUGUACACUGUGGGCUACUCCCUGUCCCUUGGGGCGCUGGUGCUGGCACUUGGCAUCCUGGUGGCCUUCAGGAAACUCCACUGCAUGCGGAACAACAUCCACAUGAACCUGUUCGCCUCCUUCAUCCUUCGGGCUCUCUCCAUUCUCAUCAAAGACGCCCUGCUGGACACGCCCACCCUCAACCUCAACAACGACAUGGCCCCUGACUACCAGGUGGAACGUUUGGCCAAUACAGAGACGACCGCCGGAUGCCGCAUCGCUGUGGUGAUGAUGCAGUACAGCAUCAUGGCCAACAACUACUGGCUGCUGGUGGAGGGCAUCUACCUGCACAACCUGCUGGUGGUCACCGUGUUCACAGAGAGGAACUACUUCAACAUCUACCUGUGCAUUGGCUGGGGGGCACCACUGAUGUUCGUGUUACCCUGGAUCACUGCCAAGUACCUGUACGAGAACGAAGAGUGCUGGGAGCGUAACAUCAACAUGGGCUACUGGUGGAUCAUUCGCUCCCCCAUCCUGUUUGCAGUCCUGGUCAACUUCUUCAUCUUCAUCAGGAUAAUCAAGAUUCUGAUGUCCAAACUCAAGGCGCAUCAGAUGAGAUACACAGACUACAAGUUCCGCCUGGCAAAGUCCACUCUCACCCUGAUCCCCCUGCUGGGGAUCCACGUGGUCCUGUUCAUCUUCGUGACGGACGACCACACCCCAAACGGAUCCCUGCGCCUCAUCAAGCUCUUCUACAACCUCUUCUUCAACUCCUUCCAGGGCCUGCUGGUAGCCAUCCUUUACUGCUUUGUUAACAAAGAGGUUCAGUCUGAGAUGCUAAAACGCUGGCGGCGCUGGAAGCUGGGGAAGGACAUUGAGGAGGAGUACAGACACACCCACAGCCAGACGCCCCACGUCAAGAGCAACAGCAUCGCGGCCAACCCCCCCGACGCCCCCGAACCGUCCGAGCCCUCCGAGCCCCCCGAACGCUCCCUGUCAGCCGAGGCCUCCGAGGAGAGCCGCAAGCUGGUGGCCGGCUGUCAGAACGGCACGAGCAAGGGCAAGGCCCACCUGCUGUUCCCCGCCCCGCCACGGGAGGGCGCCAGCAACUGCAGCACCCUCACUGAGAGCAUCAGCCUGGAGGACAGAGUGCAGUGCUACCAAUGCCCACCGGAGGGCGCCGAGAGCAACUUCUGAGAGGCUGCCGUCUGCCCUGGGGCAAAGGUGGCAGCUGUCAAUCACUGUGGCCCCCGCUCUGGCCCACUGUCAGCCCAGGACUCCCCUGCUGGGUGGCGGCCCAGGGUAGGUUGUAUUGAGUCAGGUCAGAAAGGGUAUCUGCCGCAAAGGAUGUACCUGGCACAGAUCCGCGUGUGAAAAGCUUAACUCUGUCCAGCCAUGACAGGAACACACACACACACUCAUCUCCGUGUCUCCGUGACCACAAGAGGAACACGUUCACCUCUCUCUGCCUCCCUGCGUUCUCUACCGCAACCACACAAGGACCGGUCAUCGCCUCUGUGUCUUUGCUGUAGCGCGGGAGACAAUGGCGGUCUCUCUCUUGCUCUGCUGCUGCAGCGUGACUUCAGCUGCCGUCCUGGGCCAGCAUUUUGAAACUGCGUCACACUCGCACGUGAAAAAGGAGGAAAGAGAAAAAGAGUCAAACU